GCCAAAAAUCUAACUACCCAUAUCUCUAUGGCAACGACAACUAUCCAUUAGCCGUCUGUUAGCUUCUCAUAGUUAGCAGCUACUUAACGCUGCAAAAUAUUCGUCUAUUUACUGACACUCUUACUGCUUGCAUUAGCAAACACUUCGAGCGGAUAGCCAAUACAUUUCAUGUUGUUUCGUGUACGACAAAUACAAUACGUAGCUCUGUGCUAACUCUGGCUAUUGAAAUGUGCUAGCAUAGCUAACGUUUGUUUCUCGGAUGCUUACUUGUUUGAUAUUAAUUUAAUGGCAGACAACUGGAACACAGAUACUGGAGAGGCUGUGUAUCGUUCCCGGGAUGCAGUCAAAAACUUGAAAAUAAGGGUGCGUAUAGAGAGGGUGACCUCCACAGCAGCCCUCUCUCAGCACCUCCAGCAGCAAGUUCUGUCCCAGCAAGACAGAGAGGACAUUGAACUGGAAACCCUUAGCUCACAUGUCCAGCCAGGUGAUAAUGAGGAGGAGCUGGUGGUGGGCUGGCAGGAAAAACUCUUCAGUCAGUAUGAGUUUGAGCUGUUCCAGAAUGAGAAAGCAUGCCAGAGCCCUCUGGACCGUCAGUACGUCACUGAAAUCAAGGCCCUGAACAAAUCCAAGGGCAGACGUAAUCGCAGAAUUUCCACUUACACUGAUCAUGACCGCUACACCAGCUGCCUUCCAUUCCACCAACUGCAGCACUCCACUGACAUAUUGACCACAACUAAAUCCAGCCCCACAUUCCUGGCUGAAAGGAUGGCCAGCCUGAGACACAGACGGCAGGAGAGACGCACCAUGGAUUCUAGUAUCCCUAAGUCAAAGAUUGUCAACUGGGAGCCCACAGAGGAGUUUCUGAAGAACAGUCAUUUGGUGAAUAAUGCCAUGCAGACCAUGCAUAUCAUGGCAAACCUGGGCCCCCCUGGAGGGCUGGACAAACAAGACAAUGAAUAUUUGCUUGUAACCAUAAAAACAGAUGGCAAUGGAAUAGUCACCGUAAAACCUGACUUCAACAAAGGCAAAGAGCCUUACAGGAUUACAACAAAAGGGGAGAAGAAGGAAGUUUGGCGUCUCACUGUGGAGAAUGAAUGCACAGCCAUGCAAUCAGAGGAAAAGGAGAGGGAACAGAACAUGUACAAAGACCUGUACCUACGGCACAAGGACUACCUCAACAGCCUUGUUGGGCAGGACUUUGAAAUGCCUCCUCUAGGUAUUCUGCGUUACGUGAUGAAUGGAGAGAUAGUGUCAGCCAAAGGCUUUGAAUAUGAUAACUUAUACAUCCACUUCUUCAUGGAACUUCCCAACAAUUGGUCCAGUUUGCCCUUUCAGUCUCACUCAGGGGUUACGCAGACCUGUAGGACCAAAACAUUAGGGAAGGAAAAUGUUGCUUUCUUCAGUUACCCUUUCAGCUUUGAGGCUUUCUACAUGAGUGAAAAAGAGAGUGAGGAGUCAAUUCCCCAGUGGCCAGUGGUCUACUUCAAGGUUCUUUCUCUGGACUCCUGGCAGCGCUAUCGAACUGAAGGCUAUGGAUAUCUACUUUUCCCUGCCAUGACGGGUAAACAUACAAUAACAUGCCAUACAUGGAGACCCCUUCAGACGGGGACAGUCUCUGCACUGAGACGCUUCUUUAUCGGAGGUUCUCCGGAGCUUGAAGACCACAGCUAUGUCAGAAUACCAGGGACCUUCAAGGGAGAGAGGCUGAGUCGCUUUGGCUUUUGCACUGAAACCGCAGGAAGUGUCACCUUUAAUCUGCAUUGCAUCCAACAAUCCAGGGCUUUUGUUGAUGUCACCAUGAUGAAGAAGAGGAGGCAGAAAGUGUUUGACCAGCUGGGAGGAUUUAAUCAGCAAGGAGCUGUUUGUACCAUCCUGGAGGCCUUCCAGAGGGCCAGGAGAAAGAUGCAAGAGGCCCGCGAAAGUCUUCCCAGAGAUCUCAUCAACACCACUUCCCAACUGCACCUCGAAUCCUCUGCAUAGAUGUGAAAACUACUAUGGAGAAUAGAAACGACAAUUGCCAUUUAAAAUACGACAAGUUUGCUGUGUUUUGCUGAAAACAUAGGACUAUGGUGUACUGUAAAGAGUCAGAGAAUUUUUUUUGUAAAGACAGCUGUCAAUGUUGGGAGGUAGAUAUGGAUUUUAUGGUUAAGAAUAAAGCAAAAGCAAAGCUAAUAUGCCUACACAGUAUCACCCUGCAUUAUAAUCUUUGUACAGUCACUUCGUCUCAUAUUUGAGUCUAAUUUUAAGUUACAGACCGCGCUGCUUGUGAAAAUGAAUGUUACAUAAAAUAAAAUACUUUCUUAGAUUUU